AUGGCCGUCAUCUGCCUGCUUCUUCCUUCCGUUAAUACCGUUUUGGAACAAGAGUGCUGCGGUAAUGCAAUUACCGCAAAGGACGAAGACAGGCCACUGUUCCUCGGCAGUUGUCAGCGGGAUCAGAAUACAGACAGGGCUAAGGUCGUUGCUGAGCUUGAUGAAGCUCUGGAAGAUUUAGGUAAAUUUAUCUCCAGCUCUGAUGGCCUUGAAGUCGAACUACCCUGUCCAGGCAAGUUCCUGUUAAGAAGUCGACAGAUUUUCGAACUUGACCAAGCAGAUCCUCAAGCUGUGAAAUACCUUCAGAACUGGGUCAAUGGUGGAUGA